UAAUGUCAAAAUAAAUCGACCAAUAAACACUGAAAUUAUUUGCAAAUAAUUAUCGACACUGACUGACAGUGACAGCUAGCCUAGAGAAAGGCGUAGAAAAGAAAAGCAGGCAAAACAAAAUGGCCGAUGUUUCGAGCAAGGUGUGUCGCGGAUACUAACGAGUUGAAAUCGGCGAUAUACCAUUGAUUUACAGUGAAAAAGUUCUGGUGUUUAUUACUGCUGCGGCGCUGCGGGCAUCGCGUCGGCCCCGUCGCGUGGCACCGCCGCCCGCGCCCUGGGGCUUCGCCCCCGCGUCUCGCCGCGCGCGUUUGGAGCCCUCGCUCCAGCUGAAUCGUGAGCGGAGCGCUAAAGGAUGUCGUCCCGCAGGAAUGGCUCGGUGUCCCGGGCCGCGGAGACGGCCUCGAAGAACAGACUGCACAUGGACAGGAACCCGCAGCAUUCGAGGAUCACUGAUCCGUCUAAUCCGGCCGGACGUCGUAAGGAGAUAGACAACGUGAUGAAGAGAGCCCGCCAGGCGUCCCCUGGCAGCUGGGACAGGAAGCUUCUGGAAGUCGAGGAGAAAGAUCCCAAUAGAUGGCGCCACACGGGCUACAAGCAGAUGUACCUGGACGGCUCGGGUUCAGUGUCACCCAGGCGGUCUAGGUCGCCCGUGGCCGGACGCAGGUCUAGGUCUCCGCUGGUAGGGCGCCGCUCGCGGUCCCCUGUGCGGCGUUCGCCGAGGAAGUCUCGCUCGCGGUCCCUUCGCCGGAGCCCCCGUCGAAGCCCUCGCCGCAGCCCUAUUAGACGCAGUUCCCCGGCCGUAAGACGUCGUUCGCCGCGUGCGGGUGGCCGCUCACCCGCCGCGGGAGGACCGCGGCCGCGGGCCCGGCCGCCGCCCGCCCGCGGCCCGCCGUCGCGUCACGCCCGCCCGCCAUCCCCUCCAUCCCCCAGGAAGUCGUCGCCUUCUGGAUCGUCGAUGAGCAGCUGCUCGGACGAGUCGUGCUCGGUGUGCUCCGCCAAGAAUAAGAAGACGGCGCCGCCGCCGCAGAAGCCCGUCAAGCCGAGGGUGUCCCCGCCUGGUCCGGCUCCAAGCGCGGCGAAUCGCAAGCGACCACCGCCUACUGCUAGAGCUGUGCAACCUACCAGGGAGUUGCUGAAGGCCAGGGAGGCCAGCAAACGCAGCAGAGAGGAGAAGGUGUUGGAAUGGCAACGCUCCCAAAUGGCGGUCCGCCCGCCGCCGCUGGCCGCCGCGCACAUCAAGCGCGAGGGCGAGCGGCGGCCGCCGUCCACGUCGGGCGCCGCCGCCGCGCCCGCCGCCGCCGCCGCCGCCGCCGCCGCAGCGGCCGCAGCGGCCGGCAGCGGGCGGCGGCCGCGCGGGGACCGGCCGCCCGGCGAGCGCGGCGUGUCGCCCGCCGCCAUCGCCGCCGCGCUCGCCGACAGCGACAGCGACAGCGAGUCCGAUGCCAGCUCGGAGCCGCAGCCGCAGAGGUUGACACUGUCGGAGCGGUUCGGCAAGAUGGCGCAGUGGUCGGCGGACCGGUCGGCGCGGCUGGAGAACAUGCGCAUCACGCGGCGCGAGGCCACGCUGCACGUGCGCAUCGAGCGCCCCACCGGCGACGAGCCGCCUGCGCUCGCCGCGCUGCCGCCGCACGCUGACCCCUACCCUGGAUUGGAGCCUGCGCCGGUGGGCAGCUACCCCGAGGAGCUGCUGGCUGCAGCACCAGGCGGGCUGCCCUCCUGGGACGACGUGAGGGUACGCUACGACUACUACAAGAAGAGGGGAUACCUCAGAGGGCUGACCCUCGGAGACUAUGUGAAGUGGGAGGAGUGGUGGUACAAGUACCAGGAGUGGCUGAAGAGGGAGCGCGCUUACGAGCGCUGGGCUGAAGGCGAGGUUGGCAUGGUCCGUCGCGAGCGUCGCAAGCGCGGCGGCAAGCACCGGCGCAGCUGAGGACGCGCCGCCCCCGCCGCCGUCCUCGUGGUGGACCUGGCGGCGGGGGCGGCGGGCGCCUCGCGCUAGUCCGCCCCGUGCUGAUUGUCUAUGUCCGAAGAUAUAGUGAGAAGCAUGGAUCCCUGUGUUUAGACAAUAAAUAUGUGUGUAUCACUGUGACAGUGUCGGUGAAAUUUUAAACUAUUCAUAAAUAGGUAUUAGGAACAAAUUUAACUAUUAUAGUUAAGGUGUCAUCCGCUAUGUUAAAGUGUAACAAAAUAAAAAAAAAAAAGUUUUUAAUAGUGAUAACAGAAUGGUAACCUCGCCUGCGCUAUCGGUAUACGCUGGCAGGGCACCAGUGAAGGAUGAUAGGUUAGGAUGAACGGUCUGUUACCACAUCGUGAUCAUUAGUUUUCAAUACCUAAAGGCCCUCCUGACUUACUCAAGUCUCCUAAUAAAGAAACGUGGUAGUAAUGGAUUGUUAGUAAUGGGUCUAUCAGGGGGAUUUCCACGCGGUUCCCCCUGGAAACCGUCGUGGUCAAUGCUCGUUGAAUUCGUCACGAUGGGCUAACUGACCUGUUUUCAUUCUCACCUAUCAUCCUUCACUGGUGCCCCGCCGGUGUAUACCGAUAGCGCAGGCGGGGUUACCAUUGCAUUAUCAUACAUUAAAAAAAAAAUUCUUAGACAAUGGAUUUGUUGCUUGAGAAUAACUUAGUCUUUUAUUUUGUUAGAUUUUAUUAAAGCGGUUAUUGAUUUAAGAUUUUUGUCUAUGUAAUUUUAUUAAAUAAGACCAAUGUGGAUAUAUAGUCAUUCUAUGCCCCACCUCUGUAAUAUUGACGUAUUUAGAGGGGGAAGAGAUCCAUAUUGUAUUUUGAGAUAGAUUUAAAAGUGUAACUGGUUGAGUUUCUCACGGGCUCUUCUUAACAGAUAACAACUUUCCGAACCCUGCAGUAGAUUAAAACAAUAAUGACGAUUUAAAAGUGCUUGUAAACAAGUGUAUUUGAUUAAAGAUGAUUUGGAUUCGAAUUGGAGAUGCUCUGUAAACAAAAUACAUUUUAAUAAGUCAUAUUAUUUGUAAUGUCCUAGUUUCUAGUAUUGACACGUGAUUGUACAUAGUUAAUGUAAUUCAAGCCCCCCAUACUAACUCGACAGCUGGACACGUCGCGUCAGUAUGGGAUGUUCGACGUUUCUCGCCCCCUUCUCGCCGUUUCUCGGGCCUUCUCGCCGUUUCUCGGCCCUUCUCGCCGUUUCUCGGCCCGUGCUCCUUUGAUUAACAUGUUCAGUUUCGUCACAGACAUAAUUCUUUCAAUUUUCAAAAAUAAUUGAGGAAUUUUUAAUAUUUCUGACUAAUAAAUACUGCACUAGAUUACGCGCUAAACAUUUUCUCUCCUAACUACACCAAGCCAUGGUUGCAUGAGAUCUCUUACAGAGACGAACCCACCUUUGCUAACAAGUUGUAAAUAUAUAAUUUAAAAAGUGCUCUUUAUACGAACUAAAAUGUAUUUUGACUCUUCGACUUUCCCCAUGCGAGGUCGGGGAAUGCAGCUAGUAUGUCUAUGUAAAUUCGAAACGUUAAAUAAACGACUCGAAAACGGCUGGACCAAUUCAGUUCUUUUUUUUUUUUUUAUAACAAUUUUUUUUUCGAUAAUAGUUUGUACGAAAAGAAAAAAUGUUAAAAUGUGUUUUGUUCACAUUAAUAGUGCAUUGUUUGUUAGUAUUGUAUUACAUUUGUAUUACACGUGUAUGAGAGCCAAUUAACACUUCAUACAUACGUUAUAAUCACAAUAGAACUUGACGGGAAUGUAAAUGAAUGAAUAAUGAUGUAUGACUCCACUAUAAAACAGUCUGCCUGAUGUCCAACAACAGGGAAUGAAAUUCCGAACUUUCGGGCUUAAUUUCGUGUUUUUGUUCGUACCUAAAUCGACCCAGUAAAUGGAGCUUAACGUUUCAUUCAUCAUAAAUCCUAUCCUAAUAGUCCAGAGGAACGAUAUUUUAACAUUUUUAAUAAUUUUAAACGGCAUGUAUCAUGUAAUUUUAACAUCAAAUUUCUAUUUCGUUCGUCCCCGAAAUUUCGGAAAAUAUUUCAUGGUAGGCCCUCAGUACGGUAGAAUCUCGAUUAUCCGGAAUUCGAUUAUUCGGACUUAUUCUUCACGUCUCCAAUAAUCGAUUUAGAAAUGGUAUUAUGUAUUGGGUAAAUAGGUAUUAUUUAAUCCGUUAUUUUUAUAGCUCGUAAUUAUUUUUUUUUUAUAUCGUAUUGUCUAAACGAUGUAUGUAUAAAUAACCCUUUACAUAAUACAAAAAUAAUAAAAUUUAUAGGUUUUAACUUUAAAAUCGAUUAUUCGGAAUACCGCUGGUUUUAUUUGAUUCGAAUAAUCGAGAUUCUUCUGUACUAAUUAAAAGGCGACCAAUCGACUGGACGUCUCGACCCGUCACUGAUUACACUCGGUGAGUGCUCCCGGGGUGGUCACAACGGGACACGGUUACGUUUUAAUCAAGUUUUAUUUAAAAUAUUACACCUCUAGUUAUACAAAUCAUAAUUAUGUUGACUCAUACAAAUGUAUGUAAUGUAGCAAUAUCCUCAGGAAUGGCAACGCAUGGGCGGUAUCAUGGGCGAAACAGUACACUCUGUUAGGUCCAUGGUACUGCUCACGUCUAUAGGCGACGGUUACCACUUUCCAUCAGGUGGGCCGUCAGCUUGUUUGCCAUUCUAAGUUGUAUAAAAAGCAAAAAAAUAAUAAUGUUAGUAUAAUAACCCCUUGUAUAUUAGUAAGUUUUAGUUUUUACCAAAAUGAGUUUGGUAAAUGUAAGGAUUUUUUUUUAAAGUCACUUUUCGCCCCUUUUGCUAAGAUUUAACCCAACCUAACCCAUCCUUCUUUCACUGAUUCACUGGUGCUCUGCCAGCGUAUCCUGUUAGCGCAGGUGGGGUUACCAUACCAUUUUCACUCAUCAAAAAAAACCCAUCCUUCUAAUCAACCAGCUCGCAACUAAAUAUGAUAUAUAUAUAUAUAUAUAUAUAUAUAUAUAUAUAUAUUUUACGUCUGAUGUAAAUUGUAAAUUAAAUUUUUUUUUUACUUUCCCUAGAGUUUUUCAAUAAUGAGUUUGUAAUUCAUAAUAUACUUUUUAAUUUAAUAGUAUAAUUAAUAAUAUCUUGUAAUUGUAUGGGUGACUAAAAUAUAGUUGAUUUUACAUAAUUUAAUAAUCAUACAAUUUCAUUAUAAAAUUUUUAAAUAUUCAUGAAAUUAAAGAAUGUUAGGCAAAUUGUUUCUACAUCAUCACUGCUGUUAUUUCUUCACUGAUGAAUGCUCCUAGGUCCCCACCUAUUGAAAAGACUUUUUUUUAUGGGUGAAAAUGGUAUGGUAACCCCGCCUGCGCUAACGGGAUACGCUGGCGGGGCACCAGUGAAGGGUGAUAGGUGAGAAUGAAAACAGGCCAGUUAGCCCAUCAUGAUGAAUUCAUCAGGAAUUAACCAUGAUAGUUUCCAGGGAGAGCCGCGAGGAGGUCGACCUGGUUGGGUAUAUUGCUAGCAACGGGAUUUUCGCUCUCCAUUACUAACAAUCCCUUUCUCCUUUAUUGAAAAGACUAGUACUACGCCAGUGGUUGCCACGCUUAGCAGGCGGGUUGGCAAUCGUAAUUAAGUUUCGAAGUGACUGCAUUUGAUUUCAGCAAGAACUGAAAUUAAAAAAGGUAUGACUUUUUAAUUUCUAAUCUGUGCCAACCCUAAAUGCACUUUUUUAAUGGAUGAUCAGGGAAUGGUAGCUGCGCCUGCGCUAACGGUAUACACUGGCGGGGUACUAGACACUGGUACUGGCAUGAGUACACCUGGAAUUCAGCACGAUGGUUUCCAUGAGGGACCACGAGCGGGUCGACCUAACAGUGUAUAUUGCUAGCAAUGGGGCAGACAGUCCGUUUUAUUAACAAUACCACCCCAUCCCCCCUAUCCCCCAUCCCCCCUAUCCCCAAUCCCCCCUAUCCCCCAUCCCCCUAUCCCCCAUCCCCACUCCCCCUAUCCCCAUCCCCCCUAUCCUCCAUCCCCAUCCCCCCUAUCUCCCCAUCCCCCAAUUAUAUGUUCACUCAACUAUUGGUCGUUCAUUUUAGUUACUUCAUAUAAUGUAUAUUAAUAUUUAGAAAUAGUACACAGGGUAAUAUCAGAAUGGAAAGCAAUUGUUCCAAGGGAGUGUUCCACCGGCGAUACUGAAUAUGUACACCGGUGUUUCCCAAUGUGGGGCCCACGCCCCACAGUCGGGACAAUUUGAUAGUUGAAGGGGACAAAUAAAAAAUAGACUCGAAGCGAUUUUAACCCCCUUGCUCCGGGCCAUUUAAAUGCAACGCUACGAGUAGACAUCGGUGCCAAAUUUAACAAAAAAAGUUAAUUUAAAAAAAAAAGCUGUAAAUAUUUAUUAGGUAAAAUUUCGUUUGACGUUACCAAAAUAUUAACUGGGCAAUAAGAGCCGUCGAGUAAACUUUACCGGAAAAAAUUAUGUAUAAAAAUUUUAGAAAUGUUCAAGUGGGGCAUGCCACCAAAAAGGUUGGGAAACACUGGUGUACACCAAAGGGGCACGCGCCAAGAAACGGCGAGAUAUGUCGAGCUCUCCAUACUUACUCGAGAACUGGACGUGUUAGUAUGGACGAUCCAACUUAUAUUGUUUAAAAAAAAAAUAUUCUCUUACCGGUAGAACACUCCAAAAAUUUUAAAUUACAUGGUACAGAGGCAUAACACCUUAGCCCUCAGCAAUGGCAACGUGUGGAGACAUCAUGAGCGACACAGUAUGCACUGCUAUGUCCAUGGUGCUGUUUAUGUCUACAUGACGGUUACCACUUUCCCAUACAGGUGGGCCGUCAACUCGUUUGCCAUUUUAAGGAGCGUUAAAAAAUACAUUUUACCCUGUUUUAAAAUAAAUUAAUAUAAAAUUAGGUCAUAGUGCUUUUAAGCUAUAUAUUGUAGUGUUGACUUCCAAACGAUGUCCUAUAAUUAUAGCACAGAAAAGUGGAUAUCACAGUAUAUAUACUGUGCAGUCCACACAGCAGCUAUACUAAUAGUUUAAGUAAUUGUAAUGUAUUAAAUACAUAGUGUAUUAACGAUUGAAAUUGCAUCGAUUGGUAGCCAACAUUUCCAAUCGCAUUAACAUUGUUAAUGUAAAAAAAAAAGUAAAAAAAGAUUAAAAAUUAUUAAUUAAUAACUAAUAUAGUAAGUAAAUACGUUUGUAUAUAAUAUACGUGGAUAAUCUCAAGUCGUAAUUGUAUUUAUUAUUAGUGACAUAGAAUUUAGUUGUAUAUUAUAACGUAUCGAAUACGGUGUGAUAGUGUAUUUGUGUAUUCAAUCGAACGGCGAUUCCCUAAAAUAACAAACACUACGUGAUUGACAGUCGUUGAAAAAAUGGUAUUAACCCUUUCCAUUCCAAUGUCGAGUGUUACUCGAUAUUGAUUUUGUUCCACUAGCUCCACUGUCGAGUGACACUCGACAUUGAUUUUGUUCCACCAUCUCCACUGUCGAGUGACACUCGACAUUGAUUUUGUUCCACCAGCUCCACUGUCGAGUGACACUCGACAUUGAUUUUGUUCCACCGGCUCCACUGUCGAGUGACACUCGACAUUGAUUUUGUUCCACCAUCUCCACUGUCGAGUGACACUCGACAUUGAUUUUGUUCCACCAGCUCCACUGUCGAGUGACACUCGACAUUGAUUUUGUUCCACCAUCUCCACUGUCGAGUGACACUCGACAUUGAUUUUGUUCCACCAGCUCCACUGUCGAGUGACACUCGACAUUGAUUUUGUUCCACCAUCUCCACUGUCGAGUGACACUCGACAUUGAUUUUGUUCCACCAGCUCCACUGUCGAGUGACACUCGACAUUGAUUUUGUUCCACCGGCUCCACUGUCGAGUGACACUCGACAUUGAUUUUGUUCCACCAGCUCCACUGUCGAGUGACACUCGACAUUGAUUUUGUUCCACCGGCUCCACUGUCGAGUGACACUCGACAUUGAUUUUGUUCCACCAUCUCCACUGUCGAGUGACACUCGACAUUGAUUUUGUUCCACCAGCUCCACUGUCGAGUGACACUCGAAAUUGAUUUUGUUCCACCGGCUCCACUGUCGAGUGACACUCGAAAUUGAUUUUGUUCCACCAGCUCCACUGUCGAGUGACACUACAUAGUGUAAUACUUUUUGCGGACAAUUUUAAAAAAAGGUGGGAUUUUUUUAUACUAAAAUUUUUGAUAAAGCCAUCUCACACUUAUUACGAAACGUGGCAACAGCGCUGAUUUCUACAAGUGUCACCGAUUGCACUGUUAUACAGAAUUAUUAUAAAUGCUAAUUUUAGCGUGGAGCUGGUGGAGUAAAAAGAAAAAAUGGCUUGGACUGGAAAGGGUAGUAUGAUUGCUUUGGUAUUGAUAGAUGGAUUAAAUGCACUUUUUUCUAUAAAAUAUUGCCAUUUGGGAUAUAGUGAGUAUCAGCAUUUGCUUCCACAUUCAUCAUCAUCGUCAUAUCAGCCGUUAACUGUCCACUGCUGAACAUAAGCCUCCUAUUGGGAGAUUUUGCCAGUAGUUGCCAUGUUUGGCAGGCGGUUCGGCAACCGCAGUAUGACUUUGGUAAUGUUUUAAGAGGGACGCUGCUGAACCUUGGACUUUAGUUUCUUAGUCGUCUUACGACAUGCACGGAAAAGGAAGGGGUGGCCCAUUCCAAGCCAGGACUGCGUGGUUUCCUAAUUGCUUUUCAGUAAUAAAAAAAUAUGUCAAAAAUUUAUAUAAAUAAGUUUUCGGUCAUCGUAACCCUUUGCUGUUAAACAGUUUGGCCGAAAUAUUUCCGAUUGAAUUAUUAUUAACGGAUGUAUUUCCGAUUGGAUUGUAAUUUGUACGAUAGGUCUUCCUAUUUGUAUCGCUAUAAUGAUAUCGUUCAGUCGACGAAUAGACUUUCGCAUUCUCGUCCACUUCUUUUCAUCUCAAUAUCGGCGAUUGAUUCGAUUGAACAAUUUUAUUGGCGAUUGAAUAAGUAUGUGGAUCAUAAUGCUGGAUUCAUAUGUUUGAACCAAUCACAAUUACAAACGUUUUGGGAUUUGAUUUUGUAUGUUCGUUUGGGUAAUGUGUAUGUAGUGUUCUUAGUAGAAUUGUUAUAUUUUAACUCUUUUUUUUUUUUUUUUUUAUAUAUACGCAUAAAAUCUGCUAACUCUUUUAAACUAAUAAAUUUAAUUUAAAAGGUGGUGUUAAUUUGUAUAGAAAGUGUAUUUAAGGGCUUUAGGUAUUUGGAAAACGUGUAAAUCCAGCGUGAAGCCUAGUUCAGAUUGCUUCAAUGGAGUUAGUCGCUCAAAUUGAUAACUCCUUGACUAAAAUCGAAUAAUUAAUCGUGAAUAAUUUGUAUUAAGUUUGAAAUACAUUUGUGACUACCCUCCCGAUCUAUGGUGGGUGUAAAGGUAACAAGUACCAGAGGGAGACUGUACAAAAGUCGUUUGCUUGGAUACCUCUGUCCCAUUCGUGUUUCUACCGUAAAGCAGUUGUGUUUGCAUGGCUGUGUUUCGGUUUAAAGGAUGGGAUAUGGCAGUGAAUUUACAGGGUACAGAGGAAUAACACCUGAGUCCUCAGGAAUGGCAACGCAUGGAUGGUAUCAUGGGCGAAACAGUAUACUCUGUUAUGUCCACGGUACUGCUCAUGUCUAUAGGCGACUGUUACCACUUUCCAUUAGGUGUGCCGUCAGCUUGUUUGCCAUGCUAAGUUGUAUAAAAAAAGUACAUUUUGAGAGUAAUACCCCAUUCACAAAGUGAGUGUCGCUGCCACCAAGUUUGUUUUUAUGGUGUUGGUAGUAUUGCAUUAGUUUUUAGUACAAAUCGUACCAUAUUGCUUCUGUACUUGCCGCCUCUGUAAUGUUAGAUUUAACAUUUUUAUGUUAACCGUUUAAUAUUUGUAUCGGAGAUCAAUAAUUAUAUUAGAUAUAAACUAAUCAUGUCUUAGUAUAUAGAAAUAAAUUUAUUUAUAAAA